AUGGAUGAAUUGAAAUGGGAUGCUAUACAUAACGGGGACCUGGAGACCCUCGAAAGCGUUGUUCUGUCGAGCUCGACUUCUCGCCGCGUGCGAGUCCUCCAAUCACUCCGAGAAAAGAAUGGGGAGAUCCUGUCAGAAGAAAACAGUAAACCUAUCCUCGAUCUUCUUAUCAAAACAUACCCGUUAUACGUCGACCGAAACUCUCGUUUAGCCGUCCAGCAAUGCCUUCGCACGAUCCUGAAGUCCUUAACCGAGCAAGAUACCAAGUACUUGGCCUCGAGAAUACAAAAGGAAUGUGCGAAACCAAGUCUUUCAGCUACGUCUGCGUUCGUCCUUAUUGAGUGGUGUUGCAUUCUCCUCCAACACUUAAGCAGCAUAGAGGCUCCUAUUGGGGCUGUCCUCGAUGUUAUAUCUGCCAAUGCGAACGUAUUAGAAUUGUGUUUAGGGCAGAAUUCGAGACCAACUGUGAGACAAUCAGCUCUUCGAAUUACACGUCGUGCAUUGAGGGCGACCUUUGGGAGCCAGACUUUGGGUGAGCAGGCCGUACGUGAGUCAGUGCUAAAGCUAGCUGCAGGCACUUCGGCGCAGAGAAACGCACCCUUUAUUGGCGUGAUCUCCGGAGUCUGUGCACGUCUUUCUGCCAGAAGAGAGGUCUUGGCUGGACUAAAGAAGCCGAUAUUGGCUUUCUAUACCAAGGAGAUCCUGGGCUCACGAAGCCAAGUACCACCACAUAUAGCAAAUGGGCUAUCGGAUUUCUUUGCGUCUUUUGUCACCUACGACGAUUUAGUCGCCGACAUUAUCCCAACGCUAGAGAAAUCCAUAUUGAGAUCCCCCGAGAUUAUACUCAAUGGCAUAAUCCCCUCUCUGUGCUUGUCUCUUCCUGCUGCAAUUGAUCUUUCCGAGCCCGUCAAUUCUCGCCUUUCCAAGCCUCUUUUGUCCAGUCUAAAAUCUACGAAUGCUAUCAUUAGACAAGGUGCCGCGCAGUCGUUCCAAGCCUUGAUAUCCAGAUGCAAUAUCGAAGACCCUCUUUUAAAGGUGUCUAGUGAGAUUCUAAAUCCAUUGAAGUCUCAGAAGAUAUCCAAUGCUGAGCAACGUGCGUCACACGUUGACGUCUUAGCGGCGAUUCCUUGCUAUAAGGCUCUAUCUUUGGAAGUGGCUACAACCUUGGUAACAGUGGCUGCUAAGGAAUCGAGCGAAGUCGCUCUGGUAUCAGAAGUCAAAGCCGUAUGCAAACAUCUAGGCUAUCUUAUCGAUUCCGAAGUACCUCUCAAAGAUGAAUCAGUCACAGCUAUUGCAAAGGCAUCUGCUGAUAAACGUGUGCCUUUUCGUAAGCUGUGGCAGCUACAUACUGCGGACUUAUUCUGGGAGGCCAAGCCAGAAAGACUGACUAGCUCGCCGAAUCAGGGAUUAAUCAAUUCUAUUCUUUCAAAAGGGAAGGAUUCAUUCGCAGAAGCCCUCACGAAUCCCCUUCCCUCUGCUCAGAGUGGUCUAGUUUCUGCCGCUUAUGGUUAUAUUGCAUUAUGCGGUCUAUUGAAAGAUUUGCGGACAAUUGCGGAAUCAGAAUGGAAAAAUAUUAUCCAGCAAUCCGUUUCACUAACACCCAAGCCAUCAUUCCUAUUAAACCCGAAGGUUUAUAGCAAGUUGACCACCGAAGAGGACUUCCGAUGGAAAGUAAGAGCACUUGCCACGGUUGCGAAUGGUUCUACGCUGCGUACCUAUGAUGCAGCAUGUAGGGACGCAUGGGGUCAGGCAUUCAUCUUCACGAUUGCUAGCCCGAGCGUGCCGCGGAAAAUUAGAGACGAAGCAUGCCGGGCUCUGACGAAGGCUUUCCUGCGUGAUGCUGCGGUAGUUGGCGAUGUUAUCGUCAAGGCAUUAUGGUCCUGGGUGCUUGCCCUGUCAAUUGGUGACAAGGAAUCUGCUGCUGCAGCUGCAGGCCAGGGUAGUCAAAGCUUACUUCACUUUGUAGUGAAAGCCAUAUGUCCUAGUGCAUCAGGGUCAGAGCAAUUUCCAGAUAACGUCCAAUCUGCGCUGAAAGAUCAGAUGAUCAAACUUCUUGUCCUAUGCCGUCAGGAACUGAUACCUAGGGUCUCUUGGAUAGAUCUCUGUCUAAGAACAGGCCUAGACCCGGGAAAACUUGUAUCUGAGAAUCCCGAAGUCUCCAUUCAGCAGCUCGUACAGGUAUCUGAUGAUCCUGUAAAGUCAAAAAUACCACUCGCAAGUGACGCUGUUGGGAGUGCAGCAGCAGAUUUAGCUUUCGUUGCCCCAGAAGCGAUGAUACAGCGUAUUGUUAAGAUCAUCAACGAAGAUCUAGCAAGUGAUCGUAUCUCCAAAUUUACGCCUACUGAUGCUGCAAUUGCACGUAUACCAGAAGGCACGACGUUUGUUGAUGUGCUCAACACAAAAUCAGCCCAGCCAUUGUCAGACAAGAAUAUCAAGGAUUAUGACACUUUGAAAUGGGAAGAGGAACUCCGAGCGCAGAUUGCACAAAAGAAAGGACAACCCCAGAAAAAGCUAACGACAGAAGAACAAGCAAAGGUAAAGGCACAGUUGGCGAAAGAAGCUAAAAUCCGAGAAAGUGUGCUCAAUGAAAUAAAGAGGAUUGAGCGAGGCUGUGUAAUUGUUCGUGGACUUGCUACCGGACCACCGACUGACACCGACGGAUGGAUCAACACAGCAAUUACGACUCUUCUUUCUCUGGCGCGUCUUAAUGCCGGACUUUUUGUAGGUGAUGCCGUUUCGAGGGCGUAUAUUGCUUGUGCGGAGAAGGUCUCUUCGAGACUUGGCCUGCUACGACCGUUUAUCGGCGUCGCGACCCUUCGAGCAUUAGGUAAUACUAACUUAUCUCCUGAUCUGGAAGCCGAACCACUGGGAGAUCUCGUCACAAGGAUUCUGUACAGAUUGCGCUUCACUUCUGAACAGUUGCCCUUUGAACCAACAUCACUCGCCUACCUUCUGCCAUUGGCGGCUUUAGUAUUGAGUCGAGAUGGCAUCGAAGAGCAAAAAGGGGAGGAUGGUGGAGAACAAGUUCUACUAACAUUGGAGUUCCUAUCAUUUCACUCUUCCUCCUUUUCCGACACCAGACUUCCUCGUACCGAGGUUCUACAACAUCUCAUUACGUCACUACACAAGUACUCGCAACACUACAAGUUGGUCAAAGAUACGUUGUUGGAUCUCUGCAGAUCAAUUUCUCAGAAUAUUUUACCAGAAGAGCUCGGAGUCCUUUUUGAGGGAACAAUUGCACGGGAUGUCUCAGUACGAACCGCAGUUUUACAAGCAAUUGAAGCUGAGAUUGAUUUGACCGACUUGGAAUUCUCUGAACAUAUUUGGCUAUGCUGUCAUGACCAGGUUGAGGAGAAUGCGGAGAUCGCGGAGGCCAUUUGGGAAGAUAACGCUCUUGACGUGGAUGAAAAGUCAUACUUGAAGAUUAUUAAAUACUUGGAUGCAAAGGACAGUCAGCUUCGAGGCGCUGCAGCUCGGGCUCUCGCACACUCUGUUGAGCUAAAUCCCUUAACAUUCGAGGUCGUUUUAUCCGGCUUGCAAUCCAGAUACUCGGAUGAAGUCAAGCCCAAGGCCCCAGGGAAAGACAAGUAUGGAAUGCCACUGAAAGCCGACUUAACUGAUGUCUGGGAAAUCAGAAGUGGUAUAGCUCUGACUUUCAAAGCCAUGACCAAGCUUUUCGAAAAAGAUCAGAUUGUAUCCUUCAUGAGGUUCCUAAUAGAGGAUGGUCCCUUAAUUGACAAAAACGCUUUGGUUAGAGAGCAAAUGGCAGAUAGCGGUAGAUUGAUCAUCGAGGAGCGAGGACAACAGAAGGUUGAAGAACUAAUGACUUUGUUCGAAAAGACGCUCGAAACUUCCGACAAGGCUACCGAAAGCUCUGAUUGGCUCAAUGAGGCAGUCAUCAUACUUUACGGCUCGUUAGCAAGACAUCUGAAAUCUGGGGAUUCACGCUUAGAUACGGUUAUCAAGAAAUUACUUGCCGCUCUUCAUACUCCAUCCGAAAUGGUACAGUCUGCCGUGGCUGGGUGCCUUCCUCCCUUGAUCAGAUUAUCCGGUGGUCUGGAAACCGAAGGCUACGUUAAUGAGCUCCUAGAUCAGCUUUUACAUUCUAAGAAGUAUGCAUCGCGACGUGGAGCGGCGUACGGUCUGGCUGGUAUUGUUCAGGGCAGAGGUGUUGCAGCUCUUCGGAAGUACCGUAUCAUGUCAACUCUCACAGAUGCUUUAGACAAUAAGAAGGAUCCGAAUCAACGUCAAGGAGCUCUUCUCGCUUAUGAGCUUUUCUCUGCUGUGCUAGGACGAGUCUUUGAACCUUACGUGAUUCAGAUCGUACCCCAUCUACUGACAAGCUUUGGUGAUCCUAGUAUUGACGUGAGAGAUGCCUGCCUCGACGCUGCUAAGACGUGCGUUGCAAGUUUGAGUUCUUACGGAGUGAAACAAAUUCUUCCAACGCUUUUGGAAGGUCUCGAUGACACUCAAUGGCGUAGCAAAAAGGGUGCAUGUGAUCUUCUAGGUGCCAUGGCAUAUCUUGAUCCUCAGCAACUGGCCAUCAGUUUACCGGAUAUUAUUCCUCCCUUAACCGUUGUGCUAAAUGACAGCCACAAAGAUGUCCGCAAUGCCGCCAAUCGCAGUUUGCAGCGUUUCGGUGAGGUUAUCAGCAACCCAGAAGUUAAAAGUCUGGUUGGAAUCCUUCUUAAAGCUCUCAGUGACCCGACAAAAUACACAGACGAAGCAUUGGACUCGCUUAUCAAAGUCUCAUUCAUCCAUUACCUGGACGCCCCUUCACUUGCUCUUGUUGUUCGUAUAUUGGAGCGUGGGCUCAGUGACCGAUCAAACACAAAACGCAAAGCUGCUCAGAUUAUCGGCAGUCUUGCUCAUUUGACCGAAAGAAAGGACCUUAUUUCUCACCUGCCAAUUCUUGUCGCUGGCUUGCGUCUGGCUGUAGUGGACCCUGUUCCGACUACUCGUGCUACCGCUUCCAAAGCUCUUGGAUCUCUUAUCGAGAAAUUGGGAGAAGAUGCUCUUCCAGAUCUCAUACCGAGUCUCAUGGCUACUCUCAAGUCAGAUACCGGAGCAGGCGACCGCUUGGGAUCUGCACAAGCUCUUUCAGAAGUCCUUGCUGGGCUCGGAACAACACGUCUCGAGGAAACUUUGCCCACUAUCUUACAGAAUGUCUCCAGUUCCAAGCCAUCUGUCAGAGAAGGUUUCAUGUCAUUGUUCAUUUUCUUGCCAGCUUGUUUCGGCAACAGUUUUGCUGCUUAUCUUAACAAGAUCAUUCCACCAAUCUUGGCGGGUCUGGCUGAUGACAUUGAGGCAAUCCGCGAGACUUCCUUGCGAGCAGGUCGUCUCUUGGUCAAGAAUUUCUCCUCGAAGGCCAUUGAUCUUCUCUUGCCUGAAUUGGAGCGCGGUCUAGCAGACGACAGCCACAGAAUCAGAUUGAGCUCAGUCGAACUUGUUGGAGACCUGCUCUUCAAUCUUACUGGCAUUACUAACAGGGUCGAUGCUGAGGAGCAAGAGGAAGGUGCAGCUCAGGCUGGUCAAUCCUUGCUUGCAAUCCUCGGCGAAGAGAAAAGAAACAAAGUGUUAUCUGCUCUCUAUAUCUGCCGUUGCGAUACGUCUGGUCUGGUACGAAGUGCAGCAAUCACAGUCUGGAAAGCACUUGUCGCCACGCCUAGAACUCUCAAGGAGCUGGUUCCUACCCUUACGCAACUCAUUAUCCGCCGUCUCGGGUCAUCCAACAUGGAACAGAAAGUUAUUGCGGGCAAUGCUUUGGGAGACCUUAUCAAGAAAGCUGGUGAGAGUGUUCUGGCCACGUUGUUGCCCUCCCUUGAGGAUGGGCUCAGAACAUCAACCGAUGUGGAUGCCAGGCAAGGCAUAUGUAUCGCACUUCGGGAAUUGAUUACUUCAGCGUCCCCAGAGGCCUUGGAAGACUACGAUAAAGUGCUCAUCUCCAUUGUGCGGGUUGCGCUCGUUGACAACGAUGCGGAUGUCAGAGAGGCUGCAGCUGAAGCAUUUGAUGCCUUACAGCGCGUCUUGGGCAAGAGAGCAGUUGAUCAAGUUCUGCCUUAUCUUCUGUCUCUUCUUAGAAACGAAGAAGAGGCUGAACAGGCUCUAUCUGCACUUCUUACUCUACUAACCGAAACAACGCGUGCUAACAUUAUACUUCCCAACCUUAUUCCCACGCUGCUCACGUCUCCUAUCACCGCCUUCAAUGCAAGAGCCCUCGCAUCUUUGGCAGAAGUUGCCAGCUCCGCAAUGAAUCGUCGUAUACCUGCCAUACUCAAUGCCCUUAUGGACGAAAUGAUAUCGACCAAGGACGAAGAACUCCGGGAAGAACUCAGCUCUUCAUUCGAUACUAUCCUCGUGUCUGUCGAUGAAUUCGAUGGUUUGAACGUUGCCAUGAACACUAUGAUGACAUUAAUGAAACAUGACGAUCACCGUCGACGGGCAAACGCUGCUGAACGUUUAGCUAAAUUCUUCGCGGACGCUGAGAUUGAUUAUUCGAGAUAUCACCAGGAUCUCAUUCGUGUGCUCCUCAUUUCGUUUGACGACAGGGACAAGAAUGUGGUCAAGGCCUCAUGGUCCGCUUUAAGUCAAUUGACAUCGCAUAUGCGCAAAGAAGAAAUGGAGCUAUUGGUUGUUUCUACUCGUCAGACUUUGCGGCAGGUCGGUGUCCCUGGAGCUGCUCUUCCAGGCUUCAGUUUGCCAAAGGGUAUCAUGGCGAUAUUCCCUAUCUUCCUCCAGGGUUUACUGAAUGGAAAUACGGAACAACGAACGCAGUCUGCACUGGCUAUUGCCGAUAUCAUUGAUAGGACGGCGGCAGAUUCUCUUAAACCAUUUGUCACUCAAAUUACCGGUCCGCUUAUUCGUGUUGUUUCCGAAAGAUCUGUUGAUAUCAAAGCAGCGGUGUUUUAUGCACUCAACAAGCUUCUUGAUAAGAUACCAUUAGCUGUCAAACCUUUCUUACCUCAACUUCAGCGCACAUUCGCCAGAGGUUUGGCAGACACCACCAGCGAAACCCUACGAAAUCGGGCUGCCAAGGGUUUGGGUAUUUUGAUCACUCUUACACCUCGUGUGGAUCCUCUUGUUGCUGAAUUGGUCACCGGCUCCAAGACAGAUGACGAUGGAGUCAAGAAUGCUAUGAUGAAGGCACUUCUCGAGGUUGUGGAUAAGGCUGGUGGCAGCAUGAGUGAGGCAUCAAGAAAUGCAGUGCUAGGUCUUAUCGACGACGACAGCAGCGAUCGUACAGAUGCGAUGGCUAUGACCAACGCCAAGUUACUUGGUGCAUUGGUGAAGAAUCUACCGCCUGCUACAGCUGUACCACUAAUCAAAUCCCGGGUGUUGACUACGAACUUUUCGCAUGCUUCUAUCCUAGGCUUGAACGCACUCCUUGUGGAGGCUCCGAAGAUACUACUAGAAAACUUCACGGUUGAGACACCAUCAGUAAUUUGUCAAGGAAUUGCAAACUCGGAUGUACGAAAAUACAUUCUUGCUGAGAACGAGAACAAGAACUUCGAAUCGACAAAGCCGGUCUUCGAGAGCCUAGCAUCAGUGAUACCCUCAGGCCAUCCAGCAGAUACGAGGCGUCUAGCUCUUGUUGUGUUGCGUACCAUAAGCCGCCUCCAUCCCCAAUAUACCAGGCCACACCUGGCACUACUUGUGCCGCCUAUCUUUGGUAGCGUUCGUGAUCCAACUAUCCCUGUUAAAUUGGCCGCUGAGGCUGCUUUCCUUGCGCUAUUUGAUGUGGUGGAGUCAGAGUCUGCUGUCUUCGAUAAGUACAUGGCUGGACCAGGAGCGAAUCUACCUGCAGGCCCGAAACGAAGUAUCUCAGACUACUUCAAGCGUGUCGCACUACGACUAGCUACUCAGGCCCGCGAGCGACGAGAAGCCGAGGGCGGCCAAGGUGGGUUAGGCCUUUCCAAUGACGAGGUUGAAGAUGAACGGGAAUUGUGGAGCAUAGGAAGGAUUGAUUUGGGAGAAGAUACACCCGCUCCCGCUCCCAAGGCUAUCCUCAAACUCCUCACUGAAAUCGCCCGCCGUCAAUCGAUCCGACCGACGAACAUUUUUACGCCAAACGACCGUCGACACGCCGACAUCAAGAUGGUCAACCUCCGUACCCAGAAGCGCCUUGCGGCGUCCGUGAUCGGCUGCGGUAAACGCAAGGUCUGGCUCGAUCCCAAUGAGAUGAGCGAAAUCUCCAACGCCAACUCCCGCCAAACUGUCCGCAAGUUGGUUAGCGAUGGCUUGAUCAUCCGCAAGCCCGUCACUAUGCACUCUCGCUCCCGUGCCCGUGAACUCAACGCCGCCCGCCGAAUUGGUAGACACCGUGGUUUGGGUAAGCGUAAGGGUACCAAGGAUGCUCGUAUGCCUAGCCAAGUCCUCUGGAUGCGUCGUCAGCGUGUUCUCCGUCGUCUCCUCGUCAAGUACCGUGCCUCUGGCAAGAUCGACAAGCACCUUUACCACGAACUCUACCACUUGAGCAAGGGUAACACCUUCAAGCACAAGCGUGCGCUCGUUGAACACAUCCACAAGGCCAAGGCUGAGAAGCAACGUGAGCGUAUCCUCAAGGAGGAGAUGGACGCCAAGCGUGCUAAGACCAAGGCUGCCCGUGAGCGACGACAGGAGCGUAUCCUCGCCAAGCGAAAUGCUGCCACUGGUGAAGAGGAAGCCCAGGAGUAA